AGAUGAUCAAUUCCGGUUCUCAGUGAACCGGACUGAGACCAUUUCAAUUCAUUUGAACGGUGGCUCCAUCAUCAGCAUCUACCCACCAAAAACCCUAAAAGCUUCCGGAGCCGCCAAGAUCUCAGUUUCCAUGGCGCUUCAUCUCGCCAGACCUAAACAAAGGUUACAUUCUAAUCCAUCUCUCAUUCAUCUUUUCUCAACCUCCUCAUCAUCUCCUCAAGACGGCAACGAAUCUAGCGAGCAGCCCUCUCAAUCACCGUCUUCUUCAUCUUCAUCGCCGCCAGAUUUCAAAAUAUCUUCCUACUUCAGUGGUAUCAGAAGCAGUCUCAAACAGACUCAGCCUCAGGACGGGAGGAGACAGUUCGUCAGAUUCGAUGCUAAAGCUCCGAAUCCGGCGACGUCGCUCUCCGGUAAUCAGGAUAUCAGGAGAAAUCUGAACGAGUUCCGAAGUAGAGCAGUAGCUCCGCCGCCGAGGGAUUGGCAGGAUAUUUACAAACAGAAUGUAUUACCAAAAUCGGGAGAUUCGUAUGGGACUCGUAAAAUCGAUGGAACAAACAUAAAGGAGAACUUAAGGCAGAUGAGACCACAAGCUACCACUGAGAGCAAAUGGGCCACUUUAUCUGGGUUACAGAACACUAUGAAGACGAAUUUGAAAUUCAAUGAAAAUCUCCGGUCAAAUGUAAUCGGAGGAGGAGGAGGAUUGCCAUAUUCAGUGUUUGAGAAGGAAUUAGAACAAGGCCAGAAGAAUGAGAAUGAGACAGAGGAGAUGAAAUCAGAGUUUAUCAAGAGUUAUGAUCCAAUUGAAUUGGGAGAGAAACUAAGAUUGUAUAGACCAGUGGGAAAGAAAGAACUAGGUUGGUUCUCAUUAAAUGAGCUCAAUCAGAGGCUUGUUAAGCUCAGGGCCAUGGAAGAGGAACAAUUCGAGAGAACGAGGACAUUGCAUCCCUCCUUCGUCAAGGAAUUGAGGUCUGCGUAUGAAAAUGAAAAGGCUGUGAAAGCUCAGAAAUCAGUUCCUUUAAAGUGUUGGUUUUUAUGCUUGGGGAUUGAUGUUGUUGAUGCUGACUUCUUUGUUGUUAAUUUGUUCGCAUAUAUGCUCGAGCCUCCGAAAGAUCAACUAGUUGAAACUUAUUUCCACCCGGAUAACAUGUCAUCUGCGGAGAAGAUGAAAAUCGAGCUUGCAAAGGUCAGAGAAGAGUUCAAGAUGUCAGAAUCGGAUUGUGGUUCUGCACGUGUUCAAGUGGCACAACUGACCACUAAGAUCAAGCAUCUAUCCUCGGUUCUACACAAAAAGGACAAGCAUUCGCGGAAAGGACUUAUAGCAAUGGUGCAGAGACGGAAGAAACUGUUGAAGUAUAUGAGACGAACGGAUUGGGAUUCUUACUGCCUUUCGCUGUCAAAACUCGGCCUUCGUGACAACCCAGAUUACAAGUUUUAAAAUUUUUGUGCAAGGGACAUCAUAGAAUUGUGAUAUCAGUAGUCUCUUUUUGUUCUUUUCAUUAUGACAAAAGAGAUAAUGUGGGUCUCUCUUAUCAAAUCAUGUUGGGGAGGAAAGUUGUUCUACUAGAGUUUAUUAUUGCAGGCUGUUUAGGCGGAAAGAGAAUAAAGCUAUGGGGUACUUUCGUUGACAUUGUCUUUUUUUUUUUUUGGGCAAAACUUAGAAUGUGAUAGUAAACUUACUCGUC